AUGUGUAUUUAUUAUCCAAAAUGCUUAAAUCGAGCGGAAUGGAUAUGCAAAUGUGCUCCUCAGAUAGGCUUAUUCUGUUUAAAUCAUAUAAACAACCACAUGAGCGAGAAGCAAAACACUCAUCAAAUAGAAAGAAUAUAUAAAGCGCCUAUUGCAGAAACAAAGACUUGGGUGAUUGAUUCACUUUCUCGAAAGGCAAAUGAGCUUGAAGCCAUAAAAAGAGAAACCCUAAAUAAAUACUCUCAAGUCUAUAUUCAGUCUCAGAAUUCAUUUGAGAAAGGGAUAAGGAAUAUAGAUAGUGGUAUAAAUUAUUGCCAAGACCUAAUUGCUAAAGUAAUGCAGACAGCUGAAAUUUCAGUCUUCGAGAAAAAUGAUGUCCUAUUAUCAUUAUUACAAACACCAGAUGAAGCCUUAAAAAUUGUCGCAAAUGAAACUAGCAAGAUCAAGGUAAAGGAUAAGAUUCGAUUUUAUGCUGUUUUGGAUGGUGAUCUGGAGCAUUUAAUAACAGAAAAAAUUUCAAAGGAAUUAAAUGAAAAAAUCAGUGAUUUGAUAAAUGAAAAUAAAAGACUUAAUAAAAGGCUCCAAAUUCUUGAAGAAAGAAAUAUUUGUCUAAAUGCUUUUGAUCCUGCCUUAAUCCAAGAGCAAUUUGACAUUCAAAACAAGUCUUUUAUGGACAAUGAGGCCAAAUUGUCCAAAAUCGAUGAAGAUAUCAAAGAUAUCAAAAAUAAAACUGAAAAAAUACAGGAAACAAUUUCAAAAAUUCAAAAUGAAGAAAUAGUUGGUAUAAAUAAAAUUGAAAAUCCUAUACAAAUUCAAGAAGAGUCAAAAGAGGCUCAGGUUGGAUCAAUCAACAGAGUACCUGCUAUUUUCCCAGUACAAAUGGAGAUGGAAAGCGACAACCUUAUAUCAGACGAGCAGGUUGAGAAACUGUCAAGUCUUUUUGGAUUCAGCCCUAGGGUUGCAAGAUGAAUGCUAAUGAAAAUUGGAAGCUACAAUAGCACUGAAAGCUUGCUACUAGAAUUAUUAGACCAAAAUAAAGGUAAUCAAGGCGGGAAUGCAGACCAAUUAGCUGAAAAUAUUGCUGAUACACUUUCAAGAAGCCAUCCGGUGGAUAUUUUAAGACAAAUGGCUGAAAAUACUACUACAGACUUUGAAGAGAUGUUUUUAAGCAUUUUAAAAGAUGAUAUUGAAAAAGCUUUUUUUAUAACAACAAAUAAAGACAUGUAUUUAAAAGCAUUCAAAAAGGCUUAUGAAAAGGCUAUCAAUAGAAAUAAUUAA